GAAGUGCGUCAUUCCCGCCUGUUCGGCAUCGACUCCCUCGGCCGCCGCCAUCUUGCGAGCUCGUCGUACCGUACGUGCAAGGAGGCUGUGUUGACGCGGCACAGCGCACCGACCAGCAGGCGGACUGGCAGCCCUCAGCGUCGCAGUCAUGCCGGCCGGACCCGUGCAGGCGGUGCCCCCGCCGCCGCCGGUGGCCACCGAGCCCAAACAGCCCACAGAAGAGGAAGGAGCAUCAAAGGAGGAUUCUACUCCUUCCAAGCCAGUGGUGGGAAUUAUUUACCCUCCUCCAGAGGUCAGGAACAUCGUUGACAAGACUGCCAGCUUUGUGGCCAGAAACGGGCCUGAAUUUGAAGCUAGGAUACGACAGAACGAGAUCAACAACCCCAAGUUCAACUUCCUGAACCCCAACGACCCUUACCAUGCCUACUACCGACACAAGGUCAGCGAGUUCAAGGAGGGGAAGGCCCAGGAGCCCUCAGCUGCAAUCCCCAAGGUCAUGCAGCAGCAGCAACAGGCCACCCAGCAGCAGCUGCCCCAGAAGGUCCAAGCCCAGGUGAUCCAGGAGACCAUCGUGCCUAAGGAGCCCCCCCCUGAGUUUGAGUUCAUCGCCGACCCCCCCUCCAUCUCGGCCUUUGACCUGGAUGUGGUGAAGCUGACAGCUCAGUUUGUGGCGAGGAAUGGGCGCCAGUUUCUGACGCAGCUGAUGCAGAAAGAACAGCGCAACUACCAGUUUGACUUUCUCCGCCCGCAGCACAGCCUCUUCAACUACUUUACGAAGCUGGUGGAGCAGUAUACCAAGAUCUUGAUUCCCCCUAAAGGCUUAUUCACAAAGCUCAAAAAAGAGGCCGAAAACCCUCGAGAAGUUUUGGAUCAGGUGUGUUACCGAGUGGAGUGGGCCAAGUUCCAGGAGCGAGAGAGGAAGAAGGAAGAGGAGGAGAAAGAGAAGGAGCGGGUAGCCUAUGCUCAGAUAGACUGGCAUGAUUUUGUGGUGGUGGAAACAGUAGACUUCCAGCCCAAUGAGCAAGGGAACUUUCCUCCCCCCACCACACCCGAGGAGCUGGGAGCCCGAAUCCUCAUUCAGGAACGCUAUGAGAAGUUUGGGGAGAGUGAGGAGGUAGAGAUGGAGGUGGAGUCUGAUGAGGAGGAUGAGAAACAGGAGAAGGCAGACGAGCCUCCUUCCCAGCUGGACCAGGACACCCAAGUCCAAGAUAUGGAUGAGGGUUCAGAUGAUGAAGAAGAAGGGCAGAAAGUGCCCCCGCCCCCAGAGACACCCAUGCCUCCACCUCUGCCUCCAACUCCAGACCAAGUCAUUGUGCGCAAAGACUAUGAUCCUAAAGCGUCCAAGCCCCUGCCUCCAGCCCCUGCUCCAGAUGAGUACCUUGUGUCUCCCAUCACUGGGGAAAAGAUCCCGGCCAGCAAAAUGCAGGAACACAUGCGCAUCGGGCUCCUAGACCCCCGCUGGCUGGAGCAGCGGGACCGCUCCAUCCGUGAGAAGCAAAGUGAUGACGAGGUGUAUGCUCCAGGUCUGGACAUUGAGAGCAGCCUGAAGCAGUUGGCUGAACGACGUACUGAUAUCUUUGGUGUAGAGGAAACAGCCAUUGGUAAAAAGAUUGGUGAGGAGGAAAUCCAAAAGCCAGAGGAAAAGGUAACCUGGGACGGCCACUCAGGCAGCAUGGCCCGGACCCAGCAGGCUGCCCAAGCCAACAUUACCCUCCAGGAGCAGAUUGAGGCCAUUCACAAGGCCAAGGGCCUGGUGCCAGAAGAUGACACCAAAGAGAAGAUCGGCCCCAGUAAGCCCAAUGAAAUCCCCCAGCAGCCACCGCCUCCGUCCUCGGCCACCAACAUCCCCAGUUCGGCUCCGCCUAUCACCUCGGUGCCCCGACCACCUGCGAUGCCGCCUCCUGUCCGCACUACAGUUGUGUCUGCUGUACCUGUCAUGCCCCGGCCCCCCAUGGCGUCUGUGGUUCGGCUACCUCCGGGCUCAGUGAUUGCCCCCAUGCCGCCCAUCAUCCAUGCACCCAGGAUCAAUGUGGUGCCCAUGCCUCCCUCAGCCCCUCCUAUCAUGGCACCCCGCCCACCUCCCAUGAUUGUGCCAACAGCCUUUGUGCCUGCUCCACCUGUGGCACCAGUCCCAGCUCCAGCCCCAAUGCCCCCCGUCCACCCCCCACCUCCCAUGGAAGAUGAGCCCACCUCCAAGAAACUAAAGACAGAGGACAGCCUCAUGCCUGAGGAGGAAUUCCUACGCAGGAACAAGGGUCCAGUGUCCAUCAAAGUCCAGGUGCCCAACAUGCAGGAUAAGACGGAAUGGAAACUAAAUGGACAGGUGCUGGUCUUCACCCUCCCUCUUACGGACCAGGUUUCUGUCAUCAAGGUAAAGAUUCACGAAGCCACAGGCAUGCCCGCAGGGAAACAGAAACUACAGUAUGAGGGCAUCUUCAUCAAGGAUUCCAACUCGCUGGCUUACUACAACAUGGCCAAUGGCGCUGUCAUCCACCUGGCCCUCAAAGAGAGAGGCGGGAGGAAGAAGUAGAAGAGUAACCUGCUGUCAGGUCCCCACUAUUUUGCUACUCUGCCCCCCACUCCCUGCUCUAGAGGCCUACCUGGGGCCUUCCUGCUAAUUUGUUUCCUCGUAACUCAGUUUGGAACUUCAGAUCAUCCUGCAGAGGUUCAUUCUCCCUACCCCACAUCGAUAGUAGUAGCAGGGCUUUCUACGCUAUUCUGGAAUCCCCUUGCGUGAGGGUCUUGAUUUGAGGGCGUUCAUUUCUUUGGGCAGCCUCUUAGGAGCUGAGAGCCCCAAGGGGUCCUAUAGGAUAGUUUUAUAGUAUGGGGUUGCACUUGGCUGAUAGAAUAUUGUUACUGUCAUUGUUUUGUAUCUUGCCACGGGCUAUCUAAUAAACCUCUUGGACCCUU